AUGCUGCUCGGUUCGCUGGGAGAUUUGGUCGCACGGGACGGAUUCGCAAUGGGCGCUCUCGUUGAAACCAACGGCGACUUUGAUGAUUUGUCUGCUACAGCAGAGCCUAACCUCCGUAUUGGCUGUCGUGUGGUCGUUCUCCUGCUAACUAUUUCUUCAGCCCUUGGUGCAUCUCUUCAUAAUGUCCUCGGUCGCGUCAAGUCGCACCCCCAGACGUACCCCGCAAUCGACAUAGCCUACUCCCCUUCGGACCCUAUACAUAAACCCGUGACGCUUCAACUUCCAUCGAAUGGUCUUCGUUUGCGCUUCGAUGGUCCAGAUCAAAGAUUACGUUUAAUCGAAGUCCUUGACUUUUCCAAAAUCACUCUCGUCUACAAGAGUCAAGAAGUGAUGAAAGGUGUCAAGCCGCAGGAACAACCUGUUUCGCAACAAGGACCCAGUUUUCGACAAGUCUAUAAUCGCCUCUUUGGCCCUUCUUACCCAGGCGAAUAUCUUCCUCCAAGUAAUCAGUCGCCGUAUGCGCUAGUGGGGAAGACCCGAGAAGCCGUCCCAGAUGAGGUGGAAGAGUUCAUUAUAUUAGGUGCAGGCAAACUUGAGGUGGUCCGAAGGUCGAUGCCUCCCACCUACAUCAACUUGUCCGAAACCACACCGCAGGACUUGAUUGCUGAUUUUGGCCCGCCUGAUGCCAUAUAUCGUAAAAAUGAUCGAAGAAUCGCCAUCCACCGCACCGCUGCCGGAUAUAAUGUCAAUGAUCCCCUCCACAUGAGCCCAUCUCCUGGGAGAGGGAUCGAUGUGACUGACACCGAUCAAUCUUCAAAUAACAGUACCACUGACGACUCUGAUGAAGAGUUUUCCCAGACCUAUAAUCAGGACCCUCUAUCACUGCCCACGGAAUGUUUUUUCAACUAUUUCCACCAUGGCUUUGAUGCUUUCAUUUCAUAUCCUACUACACCUGGGCCUGCAUUCCCCGGCUCCAUCCUAGCAGAUCCGUCGCCUCCUUCUCCCUCAUCAAAGUUGGUGGUGACCAAGAUCAUUUUGCAUGGCAACGUGCCGGGAUCAUACCCUUUCAACCGCCACCGGCGCAGUCGUUGGAAGGUCAACCUAGAUCCAUCGGGCGACUCUGUCACGUCCGAGACCCGUUAUGACGAAAUUUCUAAACGACUGCGAAACGUUUGGAAGGGAUCAUAUACGAGCGCUGCGGAGGAGAGAGCUUUGCAGAGGCCUAUGGUGUUAAAUCGAGGUUGGGGCGACAGUCCUGAGAGUAGUGUUGAGUUCCUUGGCGGAUGGGAAGAAAGCACUGGUAAAGGUCCGAGGGCAGGACAUGAUAGCCAUGAUGGUGGUCUCGGUAACACUGAAUUGUUUGGAUUCCCCGGUCUUCUAUUCGAGGUUUUGAAGAAUGGUGCUGUGAGCUGUUUAACAAUAUAUUGA